AUCAUUGAUGAAGAGGACACACAGUUCAUGACCAACUGUGCCCCUGCAGUGACAGAGAGUACACCUCGUAGACGUACAAGAAUACAGGUCUUCUGGACGGCACCACCUCCUGGCUCUGGCUGUGUCAUACUGAAGGCCAGUAUUGUCCAGAAGAAAGUCAUAUUUUUCCAGGAUGAAGGCUCUCUCACUAUUCGACUGUGUGAAAAAGAGCGUGUUUUUGGUGAAGCCACAGAGGCUCCAGCCGUCGAAUGCUGCGCUUGUGGCACAGCCAAAUACAGGCUCACCUUCUAUGGCAACUGGUCAGAGCAACAACAUCCAAAAGACUACCCAAGACGAGCCAACCACUGGUCAGCUCUGAUAGGUGCAUCUCACUCCAGAAGCUACACGCUUUGGGAAUAUGGAGGGUAUGCAAGCGAGGGUGUCCGUCAGGUAGCUGAGUUUGGUUCCCCCAUCAAGAUGGAAGAAGAGAUUCGACAGAGGGUAGGGGUCAUGAUGGAACCUUCACAGGUUCCUCUUUUGCUCCAUUUUUGA